CCUAUAUAACCUGCUGUCUAAUAACUUCAAUGAUAAAUCUAGAAGAAAGCCGCUCAUCAGCCGGCAGAGUCAGGAACAUCCCAGGACAGCAGACACCAAACACUACCCAAAAUGCUGCAGUUGGGAAUCGCCGUCUUGCUCUCUGCCUGCGCCGUGUCAGCAAUAAAAAUUGGAGCAUUUAACAUUCAGUCAUUCGGAGACUCUAAGAUGAAUAAUCCUGAAGUGUCCACAGUGAUAAUGAAGAUAUUGCAGCGGUAUGAUUUAAUUCUAAUUCAGGAAGUCCGGGACACGGACCUAAGUGCCGUUGAAACAAUGAUGACAGAACUAAACAGCCAAUGGUCAGAACCUAUCUACUCCUAUGUGGUCAGCGACCUUCUCGGAAGAGACAGCUACAAAGAGCGUUACCUGUUUGUUUAUAGGAAUGACAAAGUGAAUGUGCAGGACAGCUACCAUUACCAUGAUCACAACAUGUACACUGGAGAAGACACCUUCAGCAGGGAACCAUUUGUGGUCAUGUUCAAUGCUCCCGGGACAGUCAUUCAGGACUUUGUGUUGGUCCCAUUGCACUCUGCACCAAAAGAUGCAGUUCGGGAAAUAGAUGCCUUAUAUGAUGUCUACCUGGAUGUUUUUGAGAAGUUCCAAAGUGAUAAUAUUAUCUUUUUGGGGGAUUUCAAUGCUGACUGCAGCUACGUCACUGCAUCUGAGUGGGACAGUAUCCGUCUGUAUAACACUGAGGAUUUCACUUGGCUUAUUACGCACGAUGUCGACACCACCGUGGGAAAAACAAACUGUGCAUACGACAGAAUUGUCAUCAGCGGUGCAGACCUGCAUAACGCCAUAGUGCCCGACUCUGCCAAAGUUUUCAACUUCCACAAAAAAUACAAACUGACUUCAGAGCAGGCUUUAGCAGUGAGUGACCACUAUCCCGUGGAGAUUGAACUGAUGUCGGCUUAACCCAACCCUUCAUGGCUAAAGGAAAACGAUAACGCCAGGACCCUGCAACCUACAAGAGGCAACCAAACCGCAGAGAUUUUCUGUGCCUUCUUUACUUGGUAAAUGGGCAUAGAAAAUCCUUGCGCCAUGACUGCAAAUGUCCCAGUGUGUUAGGCUACUGACACUCAUUUACUGUAUGUGUUAAGAAUUCAUUCAGUAAAUUGGGUCUAAAAGCCCAGUAGAGGCCAAGUGUCCUUCAGGACUCAAAAAAGGUUUUCCCGACUGCGACAUGAUCCUUGCAGGCCUAAAUGACUUUAAUAGACUGAACUUACUUGAACAGUGACUAUGUUUGGUCCAUAUCCUAAAUGCAUACAGUUUCUGUGUGGGACUUUAAAGAGAACCAAUCAGCAGAUUGUAGUAUAUAUAACGCUUGACCACA